AUGGCCCUUUCCCCCAUUUACGCUGGUCAUCGUUACGGCUCAAUUCAAGCAGCUCACUGUUUGGAAGCCUAUUUGGAUUAUGUGGAGGUUUUGCCUUAUCUUGACUCGGAACAUUCAAACAAAGUUCAAUUCAUUUUCCGUCACCAAGUUCAACCCUGGCAUCCUUCUUCAACCAUAGUUCAUGAGGCUGCAUUAGCUGUGGAAAAAGUUGACAAGACCAAGUUCUUUGAAUUCUCUGCGAAUUUAUUCGAGUCCCAGAGAGAUUACUAUGAUGAAUCAGUCCAAGCACUCAAUCGCGAUCAAAUUAACAACAAGCUUGCAAAACUUGCGGAAUCAGUUGGAAUUUCCUCUUCCGAUUUUCUCGCACAGUUGCAUAUCCCUUCUACGGAUGAUCCUUCGACAGCCCGUAAUGUAGGAAACAAAAUCACCAAUGAUCUGAAAUUACAAAUCAAGUUAGGUCGUCAGGAAGGUAUCCACGUUUCUCCUACAGUACUUUGGGAUGGCCUGGUUGAUAAUAAUGUCAGUUCUGGGUGGACCCUUGAUCAAUGGAAAGAAUGGCUGGCAGACAAGAUUUAA